AAAACGAAAAUGGUUGACCAUGUCCGAAAGUAAAAUGGCGCAUCACUUCUGAAGCUUCUGAACGUCUCGAUGUGUUUCGUGAAUGUCGCAUUCCGUGUUUCCCUAGACCUUGUCUCCUCUGGUGCAUUACGUCGUUUGAAAUUAACUGGUAUAAAGCUCGGUAAGCAAUGAGCUUCGGUAAUUUCAGAGGUGGGCAAAGGUUCGGGAGUUCGGAGGAUUCCAACCGUCGCACAUGGCGCAAUCGACAAAACUUCAGAGGUGCAAGAUCGCAGAAAAAUUAUGGUAACGAACUGGCAACUUUUACUGCGCCAGCCCACCAAGGGCUUACAAGCAGAGGAAGACCGUGUUUUAGAGAGAACAUCAGAAGACAAGCAGCACAUGAGGUACCUGAAACUGUUUCUCAUUCCAACAACUCUCAAAACAAUAGCAGAAACGAAUGUAAUUCCUGGAAUUACACAGGCGCUGAACGACAGAUGCCCCCCCGGGACAGUAUAGAGCGUCCAUGGGCAGAUCGGGAUAGGAACAUGGUGUCUGCUGAUGACAGCACCGACGUGGUUAAAGCGUCUUUCGACACAGACCUACGCUUUGAAACAGAGUCUCGUGCUUCGGUAUCAGAGGGACAGGAACGUUGGUUAAGAAAUCCGUACCGAUUAAUGGAUCCAGAAACGAGGAAGAUGCUGGACAAAGCCCUUCCCAUCUUACGUUCACUGAAGUCAUCAAACCCGUGGCAGCAAAGCAACAACCGCUCGUCCCCGUCAAGCAUGCAAGGCAUAGGGAUUACCACGCAAGUAAAUAACCAAACGCGUGCACGGAUAUCAAGAAGCAUGUCACACGGCGAAGAGCACCCCGAGGAAAGUACUAGUGGAUUGACAGACUCCACACAAAAAUGGAACCAACAGAUCGACUCAUUUCCAGGACACAACUAUUUUGCAAAUCUAAAACAACGAGAGCAGAGUAGAGCCCUAUUUGGAAAGUCUGGGCCUUCCCUCUUGCAAACACCUUCUCAUGACUUUGCGUGGAGCAAUGUGCAAAAUGGCAUCAGCAAUACGCAACACGUUUUUAAUUCAGAGAGUGCGCCUACAUUUGGGGCUGUCAGUGAACAAACAAGCCUGCCUGCCACAAAAAAAGACAAAGGAAGUCCAACAACACCAGUCCGUCGUGCCCGAGAAAUGUGGAGAAACCCUCAGUUUCAGACUGUCGGUGGUUAUACUUGGCGUACCUAUACCACGUCCGACAAUAGUCGUGGGGAUCAAGUGUCAUCGUCAGCAGCUGGCAAAGAGGUGACAUUUGAAGAAAACAAUAACCUGGAAGCAAGGCUACCAAGCACAAAUGUCCCAGCAGUCAUCAAGGAGAGAUGUUCAAAAAGCCCACAUCUGAGUGUCCAAGCAAUUGCAAAUAAAAAUCAAGUCACCUAUCCAAGAGAGGAAAGCCAUAAUCCUGAUGGAGCGACCAUGAAUGUUGUGCGGGACAACAUAUGCAGAAAUGCUUCCGGAACAUUUUCCGUUACGCAUCUAGAUGACGAUGAAUGCCCUCUUCCGGAUGUCAGCUGCAUGAAGUUUCAGCGCGAUCAGAGUCAGGCAGCUGACGUCCAUGAAGUUGAUGAGAGCAGACUACUUCCUGACGAUGUAAACAUAGAAAAACUACAGUAUGUCCUCUUCUUUGACAUCAGCAAGAAAAGCUUCUUUGAAGAAGUUCAGAAGCCAUUUCUGUCCGGUUCCCUAUUGUACUUCUUCUACCAAGACCCUUCUAUGUUGCUGCCCACAAGGGGACACCCGUUCUACAAGGAAAAUGCUCAUAACUGGAUCUAUUUCUACCCGGAUUGUGGAACAGAGUAUGGUGGCUACCAAUUAGCGGCACCUGCUGUGAUAACAUGGAUGAAUGAGAAAGUACCUCGAAGGGUAAAGUUCCUUGUGCAUGGACACCAGAAACAGCUGAAAUUGAACAAUAUGCUGAGGAAGGUUAUCUACUACCCCACAUCCAGAGUUAUAGAUGUGGUGUUGCUUAACAGGAUGUUGAAUGGUGACUUUGAUGCACAGCAUCCUGGGGAAUACAGGACAGCUGCCACGGGGGGAACUAGGACUGUGGGUGUCCAACAGAGCAUGCAAAGUGCUCGUGAAGGUAAAACAAGCACUGUGGUCAGUGUGACUAGACAGAGGGUGGCUCCUGCAAGUGCAAGUGCUAGUGCUAGAACAUCUUCUGUGAUACAAAGUACACGGAACUGUUUGUCAAGGGACACAGCAAACGCACCAGAAAAACGCAACAUAGUGAGCCUGAAGGCUCCUUCAGCUAGGAAGAAAAUCUGCUGGGACAGGUAGCAGGUGCAGAAUUAAAUGUAAUUAAUGAAUGGUUCAUGCAGCACAACAGGUGUACAUUUGCUGAAUUAUCAAACAAAAGUCUCGACACAGUUCAGAGAUUUACUCAUCAGUGUUCAUUUGUCACUGUAUAUGACAUUUCAUGCUACAAUGUUUGGUAUAACACUCAAUAAAGUGAAGUUCUUUUUGAA